AUGAUCGCUAAGGUGGUGAUUUUGUUGAGCAUAGCUGUGUGCGUGCUAGGAGGCGGCCAUGCUACCUCAGAACAGAAAGUCGUAGUUCGACACAAGAAGAUAAUAAAUGCUGACAAGAAAUCGGACGAAUACGCAUGGUCGUAUCCAUCAUACGAGUUCUCUUAUAAAGUACAUGAUCCACACACACAUGACAAAAAAGGACAAUCCGAGAACAGAGAGGAUGAUGAGGUGAAAGGCGAAUACUGGUUGAUUCAACCUGAUGGUCAUAAACGUAUCGUUUCUUACCAUGGGGAUAAGAAAUCGGGUUUCAAUGCCGACGUCAAAUACUCCGAGCCCCACAAACAUAUUGAUGAAGAAAAGAAAUCUCACCACAUCCCGCACUACCCUGAAGUAGAGCAUAAAAACAUUAUUGUUGAUUACAAAAAAGAAGAAAAAGAAGAAGGAGAAAAACAAGAAGAAGAAGAAGAACAGGAUAACAAAGAAGAAGACAAAGACGGCCAUUCUUCUGUUAAUUUAGGUGAAUACGAGCCACUGCCUUAUCGAGCUCCUGUAGUACACAAGAUCAGAGAAAACUACCACCAUCCUCAUUACUACAGAAAAAAUAGAAGGUCCUAG